CCUCACUUCAUUGCGCAGUUUGGAUUAUGUUUAUCAACCGUCAAUCAUCUUUUCCCACGCAGCAAUUUGUGGAAUAUUGCACGUUUCGGGAUAAAUCGCUCUAAUAAUUUGAAUAAGGAAGCGCUCAUGUGAAUAUGCCUAGUGUGUGAGGCCUUUCUAAGUGACAUGAGGGUUCGUUCCCUCCCAGAGCCAGACAUCUAUGGUUCCUCUCUCCUCUCAUCCCAUUCCUGCUUCUGAUCAGAAAAAUUCCCCCCUCCCCCAGUCGUCUCCUAAUUCAUGACACAGCAGGAUGCAUCAUCUGUGCGCGCACUCUCCGAGCGUCUCCUCGUUGCCUCGCACAAGGGCCGAACUGAUCAUGUUGUUCAGCUCAUCAACAAAGGGGCCAAGGUAGCCGUUACCAAGAAUGGCAGAACACCUCUGCAUUUGGCUGCCUAUAAGGGCCACGUUGCUGUUGUAAGGAUUCUGCUUGCAGCCGGUUGUGACCUGGAUAUUCAAGACGAUGGUGACCAGACAGCCUUACAGAGGGCAGCUGUGGUGGGCAACACUGAUGUCAUUUCAGCACUCAUUCAGGAAGGAUGUGCACUAGAUAGACAGGACAAGAAUGGGAACACAGCAUUACACGAGGCAGCGUGGCACGGCUUCAGUCAGUCUCUCAAACUGCUGGUGAAGGCUGGAGCCAAUGUUCACACUAAAAACAAGGCAGGGAAUACUGCUCUUCAUCUGACGUGUCAGAACGGUCAUGCUCAAAGCUCUAAAGUUCUGCUGCUAGGCGGCUCUCGCCCUGACAGUAACAACAACGUUGGCGACACGUGUCUGCAUGUGUCCGCCCGCUAUAAUCAUGUGACUGUGACCCGAACACUGCUGGGUGCCAUCUGCUCCGUGACUGAAAGAAAUCAUGUAGGGGACACGGCUUUACAUAUCGCAGCUGCUCUGAAUCACAGGAAGACUGUGCGCAUGUUAUUGGAGGCUGGAGCUGACAGCAGUAAAAAAAACAAUGCGGGAGAGACGGCUCUGGAUCAAGCGCGAGAGAAUGGUAAUUCUGAAGUGGUGCUGCUGCUAACAAAAGCCUCACAGAGCUUUACUCGUGGACGGACUGUGAGGAAGAGGAGGGACAGGAUGAAGACUGAGGGUCGAGCGCAGUCAGUCCCACAUGAUGAGAUGAUGCACAGAAAGGACAGUGCAUCUCCAGCACAUGACACGCAUGGCAGCGACAAUUCACUCUGCCGGAAUGAGACCGCGUAUGUCACCGAGAAACACGAAAAUACAAACUACAAGAAAAAAGUCAAAGAUGGGCAGUCAUUGUCAGACGCCCUCAUGAGAAGGCAGAAUAAACACACUGAUCGUAAGCAGAAGAGUAAAAUAGAGAGAUCAGUUCCAUCGACUGCUCCUCAUAACUACAAGGCCUAUCAGCUCUACACUCUAUACAGAGACAAAGAUGGCAAGAUAAUGCAGGCCCCAUUGAAUGGCUGCAGGUGUGAACCUCUUAUUAAUAAACUGGAGAAUCAGCUCAUGGCCACUAAAGAGGAAAUGCAAUCAGAGAUUCACACAGUACAAGAACUCAUGAACAGCAAGAUAGGCCAACUGGACCGCAAGAACAAACAUCAGAUCCAAGCUCUAGAUAAAAUCACUUUAGAGCGAGUGUCAGCAGAAAGAAUCCAAUGUUUACAUCGAAUUGACAAGAGAGUUACACAAGAACGCCUGGAGGGAGAGAAGAGACAGACGUCAGUAGUCAAUGAUCUUAAGAACUGGUGCCUUUCAAAGAUCCAAAGUUUGGAGACACGCCUCUCUGGUGACCCCUGCACAACCAAGUUACGGCUCUCCUCUUCCCUGACCGACAUGCUUUCAGAUCGGGAACCUCAUUUACACCCCACUGUGCCAGAAUCAUCUGGGGGCAGAGCCUCUUACUGUGCCUUAACAAACCAGCCGGAAGCAGCAGACGGGGGAGAGACUGCAGCAGCGACAACUUCUGCUGAGGACAGAUCAGCCAGUUACUAUGUGGUUGAUGUGGACGUCACACCAGAUGAGAAGCAGCCAUCACAAAAUCAGUCUGCACCCCAUUCUCCUUGUAAAGUCCGGCCUAAACAAAGAUCACGGGUGUGUAGUGACCCUCCCAGAGCGCAAGAUCAAUGGCAGGACUCGAGUCUGGUGCGAGAAGAUGUGCUAGAUAACAAGAACCUCAAAAAGCGCUGCCGACAAAGAGCCAAGACCAAACCAGACACACAAACCUCGGAAGGUUCAGGAGACCGCCAAGCCGCCGAGACUUCUUUCGCCCAGGAGCGUGAAAACAUGCAUGCGCUGGAGGUCACGCAGUACUUUUUUGAGGCUGUGACACUGCAGAUGGAGCGUUGGUAUGAACGGAAAAUUGAGGAAGCACGCUGGCAAGCCAACCAGAGAGCCGAUGCUGACAGAUCUGCUCUACUGGAGAGAAUAAGCUAUCUGGAAGAUGAACUCAGGCUGCUGAGAACUAACAAACAGGAGGAGAGCUAGUAUAUAAUAUACAGUACAUGCUUUGGCAAAAUUCAGUAUUUAAAGGUUCAUCCAAAAAUUACAAUUCCAUCAUUAUUUUUUCACCUUCAUGUCGUUCAAAACCUGUAUGACUUACUUUAUAUGUGGAGCACAAAAGAUUAUUAUUAUAUAUUUUCAAGAUAAUCCUGGCUGCUCUUUUCCAUUUAUUGUAAGUGAAAGGGGACUGGGGCUAUCAAACUCCAAGAUGGCAUUAAAAGAACCAUAAAAGUAUCAUAAAAUAGUCAAUGCGACUGUCCAUGCAGUAUAUUCCAAGCCUUCUGAAGUCAUACGACAGCUUUGUGUGAGGAGUGUGAAGUCAUUCACUGAAAAUGUUAUUAUCCAUCCUAACUCUCCUUUGCACAUUCAUGUGACUUUAUAGUUCUUUUGAAUCAAAUCUUUUCAGUGAAUAAGUUGAUCAAAUUUACAAAACCAGUCUGAAUGAUUUGUUCACAAAUUGUAACCGGUUCUUGAUCUCACUGACUCUAUGAUCAGGUUACAAUAGUUAACAGACCACUGGUGGAGAAAAUUUUCAGUGAAUAACGACUUCAAUUUGGGUCAGUUUCUCACACAAAAUAGUACGACUCCAGAAUACUCGGAAUAUAGUACAUGAGUCAUAAGUACUACUUUAUGGUGCUUUUGUAUGCUUUUUUUAUGCUUGAAAGCUUCAGUCCCCAUUUAUUUUAAUUGCAUGGAAAACAGAGUCCAGUACAAUUGUUCAAAUGUUCUCCUUUUGUGUUCCACAGAUGAAAAUGUCAUAUGGGCUUUGAAUGACAUGUGGGUGAGUAAAUGAUAACAGAAUUGUCAUUUGGGUGAACUAAUCUUUAAGAAUUGUCUCCCUUUCAAUUCAUGAGUGUGAAUUUGAAUUGGCCACGCCCCACAGGAUGUUGAGUUGACAUUGAAAUUAAGAGAAUUUUACUUUAUUGCAAUUCAAAGAAAUUCAACACAAUAACACAAAAAUAUUAUUAGUCUAACACAAGCGACAAAAUGUAAUUAAUUUUGACUAAUUAUGCCUGUUUAUUCCCUAAUGUAGAAUAUAUUUUUUCUCAACUGAUUAGACAUUCAAUACUUUCAAAACAAUUAACAUUAUUUUAAUUUUGCCUUACAGCACCACAAAUUAUCCACCUCAUUGUUUUCAAAUUUACUAAGGAAAAAUAAAUAUUGUCAUUAAAAUUGGAAUAAAUUGAUUAUUUAAGAUUGAGCGAUAACAAAAUAAGUGUACUAAUAAUAAUGUUUCUAAAAAAUCUGUAGUCCAGUUGGCCAUGACUAAUUCCACGGUCCAUGAAAAAAAAAAAAAAUAUAUAUAUAUAUAUAUAUAGUAUAGAUAAAUUAAAUACAAAUUUCUAUAGUUGGCAUUUCAAACACUGAUUAUCUAAUCAAAUGUUUCAGGAAGUGUUGUUUGUAUGACUGUCGAUUUAAUUCAUUAAUUUAGUGUGAUUCAUUAUUAUAAUAUUGUUUUUAAUUAUUAUUUAUUUUAUUUUUUUCUCCCCAAUGUGGAAUGCCCAAUUCCCAAUGUGCUCUAAGUCCUCGUGGUUGUGUAGUGACUCGCCUCAAUCCGGGUGACGGAGGACGAAUCUCAGUUGCCUCCGUGUCUGAGACCGUCAAUCCAUGCAUCUUAUCACAUGGCUUGUUGAGCGUGUUACCACGGAGACGUAGCGUGUGUGGAGGCUUCACGCUAUUCUACGCGGCAUCCACGCACAACUCACCACGCACCCCACUGAGAGCGAGAACCACAUUAUAGCGACCACGAGAAGGUUACCCCAUGUGACUCUACCCACCCUAGCAACCGGGCCAAUUUGGUUGCUUACGAGACCUGACUGGAGUCACUCAGCACACCCUGGAUUCGAACUCGUGACUCCAGGGGUGAUAGCCAGCAUCUUUACUCGCUGAGAUACCCAGACCCCAGUGUGAUUAAUUAUUUAAAAGAUAAUCGCAAUUAUUCAUGCCCCCUGACCUUCAUAAGGAAUUUUCCCAGUGCAACUCGAGCUCUACAGGCACUUGAGGGGGUCUCAGACAAUUUUGAUUAAAUGCGAUUCAUUUCAUUAAUUAAUUGGCACAUCAUGUAAUUGAUUCAAUUCUAAAUUUGUAAUCGAUUGACAACUCUAAUGAUUACAUUUUCAUGGGUAUUUCCUACAUAAAAUAUAUUAUUAAACGCUACACUUUUUUUCUUUUAAUUCCAUUUUAAUUCUAUUUAUUCAUUAUUCUUCUGCAUCCUGUUUGCUACAUCAGUUCAGAUUCAGGAGUUGAACUGGUAUUCUCGGUUGAGUUCUGAGUGGUGCACAACCCUGAUAAUAUAACACUGGUGUAGUAGACACUGUCAUUUAUGAAGUUCUGGAUGGAUUAGUGAAGAUUAAUAGAGCUGCUACACAUGAAGAUAACACUGCAGUAAGAAACUUCAGCCGAAGAUAUGAAACACUCGACAUAAGUACAUGAAUGCAAAUGUUUCUAGCUCAGUUUCACAUCGUUGUGUUCUGAAAUGUGUGAGUGCAUUUUAAACUCAACACAAGUGCACAUCACAUUGUCAGCACUGCCGCUAGGAGCUGUCUUUCUCCUACUGAUGGUUUUCUCUCAGGUCAGCUACUUCCAUGGCAGAGCAACAGUUCGAAGAGAAUUUUGCUGAGCAAGUUAGGUAUAGUUAGUUCUCUCAACAUGCUCCCUGAAUAAUAACAAAUCUGGUUUUUUGGCAGACAUUUGAAGGUAACUACUGAGGUUUGUUACUGCCACAGUAACGCAAAAACAUAAGUACUAUACUGGAUGUACAAUGGGAAUACAUGCUUGCAACGCGUAGGCCAAGUAUUCAUGUCUGUGUGUCUCAGACACUGCCAAAGAUUUGUUAAAACGCCUUGUUCUGACAUGUCUGAUAAUGAGCACAUUUACAUGCACAAUCUUAAACUGAUUAUGUUCAACAAGCCGUCAGUGUGUAAGGUCAUAUAAACCCCUUAAACGGUUUUCAGUUAUCAGGGUGUAAGCAUAAAGCGAUCAGCACACAUACAUUUUUCACAGUCCAUUUUAACGGCUUUACUGGCGUUCUUACCAGUUUAUCUAAUGUGUCCAGGUGUUAUGUUUCGGCACCAAAAACAGAGAAUAACUCGAUUUCAGAUCUCAUGUAAUACGGUCUGAUGAAUAAGUACAUUUUUGUUAGUUAACGGCGUAUAGAGCACAACAGUCAAGUUCUGGAAAUUAAAAUCCAUUUCAUUUUUUCCGUAGGUGAAAUCAUUUCUAACAAUAACUUAUAAACCUUUUAAAGACUGACGUACGGUGAGCGCCGAAGUGUUUCUGUUGAAGACAUCAGUCUGCAUUAUUUCAACUUCAUUUUUUUAAAAUUGUGUUUUAAUAACAGAAUUCAUGAUGAAGACCUACACUACUCAUGAUCCUAAAGAGAAAUCAACCAAUCAGAGAACCUUGAUGAACAAAUCACGCCUAGAGUGCUCUGCAGCUCCGCCCACUCCCAUGAUGCUCUGUGAAUGACUCAGUUGAGUCGCUCUUUCCACUCUCUCAAACUACUGAUAUAUGUGUGUAUAUAUAUAAAUAUUUUGCAAUAUAAUUCAUAUAUAUGGUUUCUAUACUUCUAAUCAACUUUAAAUCAAUAGUUUAAUAUUUAAUUGAAGUCAUUGGCAAUGCUUCAUGGGAUUGUACUUGAUUCCCUCUUUUAAAGACGUUAAGUACACAGUUUUGAACCUUUUUGUUUUUGUCCAAGUUUUAAAUACUUUUUGUUUUUUUAUAUCAAAGUUUGUAAUGUUGUGAUUCAUCUCAGAGCUGGUUGGCUUUAGAGCUCUUUUAUGAAGCUUAUGGAAAUAAUGACAUUUCCUUCCAGUUAUUGGUGUGACUCGGGCUGCAUCAUUUGUGCUACAGACAUGAAUGAUACCUAAAAAUCAUGCAGCUUGUUGAGGAGAGAGAUGUGCUGUUACUUCUAAGUGAUUUUGAAUUAUAUUUUCUCCUGCCAUACGAUAAAAUCCCGUAGACCAUAGAUCCCUUUGAUUUUUGACGAAGAGACCCGAAAGAUAUCUCUAUACCCUAACUCUAACUGACGGUCUGCAAGGCCCAGUCAAUGUCAAAAAUGAAAAAGAUUAAAGGAAUAUCUUACCCCAAAAUAGAUAUUCUGUCAUUAUUUACUUGUUCUGAUAAGACUUUCUUCUGCGAAACACAAAAGGAGAUGUUUUAAUUAAUGUCACACUCGCUGAUUUCCAUACAAAAGCACUUGACAGUGAUCCAAAGUUGUCAUCGAAAUGUAAGUUCAUGUGACUCAUGCAUCAUAUUACAUGUUUUCUGAAGGCAUAUGGUCACAUUUUGUGAAAAACAGAGCAAAAUUUAAGUUGUUGUUCACUCUUAAAUCAAAUCAUUAACUCCUGCAAAUACAGCGACAAAUCAGUAACAUUAAACCCCACUGGAAUGACACAAGAGUCACACGGACUACUUUUAUGACACAUUUGCGAGCUUUUUAAGCUUUAAAGUGAGUCACUAUUAACUGCUUUUGUAUUGAAAUCAGCGAAGGGAAGAAAAAGACACAUGUGGUUUGGAAUUACAUGGUGAGUGUAAACAUGACUGAAAUAGUUCACCCAAAAUUUAAAUAAUGGCUGAAUUUUCAAGUCAUUUAAUGCCAGUUUACAGUAUUUUAAUCAAGGUUACUGCAAUAAUAGCAAAUAAUGUUGCUAGUGGUAUAAAUGGAGAUGUUCUGGAGGAUGAACUUGACUUUCAGCCUCCAUGUCCCGGUCAAAAAGCCUCCUCAAACGAGCAUGUUGCUAUUUCAUGAGGGGAGUCCUCCAGAAUCCACUGCAAACUCACGUUCAGCUCUGGCUCCAUCAUGGAAGGAAACACCCUUUUUACCAUCCAAUCAAUUCAUGUCUCACCCACAUUUUUUCUCACUGAAUGUCCUGUUUCAUUCAGAAGUGCAGCGCAUUAUGCAUAUACUGUGGGUUGUGAAUGCCGUUCAUGUUGAUUUAAAGGCAGAUCAGUAAUGUUUUCAUCUUGACUUCAUUGCCAUUUGCUGUUAACAUCAAUUAAUGUUUUCAUCUGUACAGUCUUAAAUUGUAAAAAAUCGUUUUUAACUGUGUCUUGACAAAUACUAAUAACUCAAAUGUAAUCAUCAGAUAGUGUUCCUUGUUUUUAUACAUGUGCAGCUACUAGAUAAUGGUGCUUUACAGCCACUUUAAAGGGCAAAUGACCUAUGAAGAUACACAGCUGUAUGGUUGAUAAGUCCAAAUGAAUGAUUAAUAAACCACGUCUAAUGACAUGAAGAAAUUUGUGGACAAUUCAUCUACGCGGUCUUUGGUUGGAAAUAGGGUAUGUUAAUUGAUGGACCUGUUUAAGGCCAGUUUAUUGUAUUAAGGAAAUGUAAACAUCCCAACAGUUUGUUUCAUAUGUUAGGGAAAAUGUAAAGCUGGACAGGGUGAUCAGGUCUUUGGUGUGAAGCAGUGGUCCUGGUCACUAUGUUUUCUCCUCUGCGGGUCAUAAUGCUUCACUGUACUCUGUAAUGUUGUCUGUUUCUGUCACGUGAAAGGCUUUCAUCCUAUUAACUAUCCAUGCAAGACAGAUUUUUUUGAAGUGGCAUGAGGCUUGUCCAGUUGAACAGAUUUAUGGUUGUUCACAUUUCCCCAGCUUUUACUGAAGGUCUCUAAUAUUCGUGCCCUGACAGGAAAUUUUCAACAAGCUGCUCUCAUCUGUGAUUGGCCCUUUUCUUUGAAGACAGUAAAAAUGCAAUCAUCAUUAUUUGUCUGGACAGCAAAGUACACUGAUUUUGUCCUUAAAUU